AUGUACUCUGAUCAACAGCCUCUGUCCUCUAAUUCCUCUAAUACCCCUCACUCUUACGGUACACGAAUACGACACAAUAUUACAAUAAAACCUUCAGCUCGCCUCAGACAGUCUCCAGUUCCUUUAAGAAAGCAAAAACAUUCAACUGCGUCCGACUUUCCUCCCCCACAUAUCGUACUACACCCAGAUGAUGCAAACAACAGAGUCUUUCUUGCCAUUGCUCGUUCUUUCCUUUCAAUUGAUAAUCGCGCUAUGACUAUAAAAGAUCUCGCAGAAAUGUCUGUUAAUCAUGGUCUCGUUUGUCAAAACGUUUCAGCAGCCAGUCAAGCAAUUACAACCUAUCUCCGUGUCCAUCAGGCCCGUUGCGAGGAACAACAAGAUCAUCCCCUCGUUCUGAGCCACCAACUCUCUGGCACUAUUUCCGAUGACGACCUCUUGCCGGCCCUCUACUCUCGCUCGGGGGGCGCACAUUGUACUGCUGUUGACAACCGAGCAACUAAUUUUAGAAAGGGUACUGCUGUCUGGUAUCUCAGUCGUGCUACGGGCGCUCCCUGUCCUUUUACUCCAGCUGGCAUCCGUCUUUCUGAUUACACUGAAGAUGGUAAAGUCGGAGCUUUCAUGGCGGCAAAGGCAAAGAAAAACAAAGUGGCAAAGCAAAGGCGCAUGGAGGAACAGCAGUGUGGACAGAAGCGGAAGCGACCGUUGAGGGGGUGUGUGGCCCGCGCCUCAAGUUCAGAUUCAGAAAAUGACGUGGAGAAGCGUCCACCCAAGGUCAAACUCACCCUUCGACUCAAACCUUUGCCUGCAUCCACCUCUCGCGAUAUCAUUGAUAUUUCAAGGGAUUCUUCUCAAGAUGAAUCAUCCAAUGAAUCUUCAGAUGACUCAAUGUCUGUCGUCUCGUCGGACGAUGAAUCGCUACCCACACAGGAAAAGGAACAAGAGGAGCCCUGGUCCCUUCCACCAUACCCCAGAAGAUCCAUCUCCAUUCCUUGUUACACACCUUCAUUUGAUGGCCCGUACCCUUUCUUUCCUCCACCGAUUCAACCAAACGACCCUUUCCGACGCUCUCCUUCCGCUGGCAGCAUUGGUUCUCCUCCCCCCGACUCGGAAGACGAGGCAGAUGAUUUCCAUAUCACGAUGACCCGCGCGGGCACCUUUUCUGAUGGCCUAGCAGAUGCGGACUUGGAUUCAGAUGACAGUGAAGCUGAUCGCGACACUCAGUGGGAAAGCCCAGGCCCUAGGUCUCCAUCUGCCCCCCUCAUUUCAUCACCCAACCACGUCACCGUCAAGGAGGAACCGAGAGAUGUGCAGGGAAUGUUGGAGGCUUGGGAUGACUUUGACUCUAGCGUUGCUGAUGCCAAGGUUGCAGAGGUUUUUUCUCAGGCUGCUGGAAGCGUAGACGUGUCAAUCAAACCAGAGACAUUUGACCUCUGGGAUUGGGACUCGAACCAAGAUAUCUCCACUGCAGAAUGGCCCAUUUCUCCCGACGACAGCGCUCGCGUCAAGCACGAAGACUUUGGCGUGGAUGCACUCUUUCCUGAAGCUUCUUCACCCCCCGUAUUAUCCCACAUCUUUCAAUCACCUUCCACACUCCCAUCCGAAUUUCUGCGGCACGAUGAGACACGCUAUGCUACCCUUCGUCCACGCUCAAAGACAGUCCCUGCCCCCUCUAGAUCCCAAGUUGAUCUACCCCUCACUCGCCUUACAACCUGCGAGUCUUCGACAUCCUUACCGUCUACGGCCCACUCGCUCGCAUCGCUCAUCCAAUGCAUGUCUAUGAAUUCUACAACAUCUGUGGCGCCUCAUCAGAUCCCCUCGCCACCCCCGCCCUGUGUGUCGCCGCAUGAAACCCGCUGCAUUGGAUCUUCUUCGACGCCUUCCGUUGUAGUAGUCCACACGUGCCAACCCUGCACAUCUGCCAUCAGUGCAACUCAAAUCGAGGAUAUUUCGGUGUAUCAAAUGAUGCUGGGCCCCUUUCUUCUUCUACGCCGCAUUGAUACCGAUUUUGUCAACCUGUCUCCUAUUGUGGCGUAUUCAGGUGCCCCACACCCCAUAUUAAGCGCCAUCCCCAACGCGACCGUGAUUACCAAAGGCUCUCCCAUCGUCUCCGGUGGCACAUGGGUGCCCCUGUCGGCCGCUCAAGCCUAUGUGAGAGACCACCCAUUACCAGGUGGCCUUCUCGACGUCUUUCUUUCCGACUCGCUCUUUGAGCGUUUUCCAUCUGCCUUGCAAGAUUUUCACCGAUCCAACGCACAGGGGAGGUUUUUAAAUCAAUUUGGCAGGCCGUUCGGGUCAACGCUUCAGGCGUCUUUGCUGUCUGUGCAAACAGAUACCGUAGCUCCCCAACAUCACCAAGGCAAUCCGCAAGGGGCUUGGGACCCCCUUCACGGCUGGGUACAUCGGGAUUCGACAGUCUUGCCUGCGUCUGGCCCGUUUGCACUUGGUGCUAUGGCCGUUAUCGACAAGCAUCAUGAAGAGAAGGAAACCCCUCUGAGUGCGACGGAACAACAGCUUUUCCACGAAUUGUGUGUGAUUCCCGACGAUUCCACGGCGCAAUUUGACGGAGAGGACGCGAGGUCGUAUUCGCCAAUGUCACCCCUCUCUCCCGUCCCAUCCGACCUCCCAGAAUUACCUUUGGUUCCUUCAGAAGACAUAUUGUCUGCUUCUCCUGGUGUUGAACACCCUGGUCGACCUUUACGUCGGUCGAGGCGGGUUGCUGAUGCGUUGGCUGCGCAAGGCCAGACACGAACUCGCUCGCGACGACGUGGUUCCCGAAAUUCUCUUUCUUGA